AUGGCGGCCUACGACCCUCGUGUAAACCUCGGAAGCACCACUCCUCAAAAUCCUCCUCCCCCUCCUCCCCCACCACCCGAGUCCGCACUCUCAGAAAUGCCUUCCACCACCGACGAGGCCGUGGACACGGCUACACCCAACACCGUCACUUCAAGCACCCCCGAGCAACCCACCGACUCAUGGAAGCUAAAGUUCUGCACAGUCUGUGCAUCCAACAAUAACCGCUCCAUGGAGGCUCACCUCCGGCUGUCCACCGCACCAACCGCGUUCCCCGUGAUAUCCUUCGGCACGGGCUCGCUCGUCCGUCUCCCAGGUCCCUCAAUCACGCAACCAAACGUGUACAGCUUCAACGUCACCUCGUACAACCAGAUGUAUGAGGAACUGGAAGAAAAAGACCCCCGACUAUACCGCCACAACGGCAUCCUGAACAUGCUGGACCGCAACCGCAAUUUGAAAUGGGGUCCGGAGCGGUUCCAGGAUUGGGUGCCCGGGCAGCCGCGUCUCGAGCAUAUUUCCAAGGAGCGAUGCUGGGAUGCUGUCGUCGACGAUUUGAUGAAUAAGGGUAAUACCUUGAAUCGUCCCGUGCAUGUGUUCAAUGUCGACAUCAAGGAUAACCACGAGGAAGCCCUGGUCGGUGGAAAUGCCAUUCUGGAUUUGGCGAACCGUCUGAAUGAGUCUGCCCUCGCGCAGCGCAAAUUGCAUGGUUCUGCCGGGUGGGAGAAUGGGUCUGGUGCGGCUCGCUUGAGCUUUGAUGAGAGUGUUCCGGAGAUUCUGGCUGAGUGGCAGGAGAAGCAUCCUAAUCUGCCGGCCUUGUGGACUCUGGCCUGGCUGUAG